UAUGGAUGCGGAUGCACAGAUCUAAGAUCUGCUUAGUUUGCCAACAUUUUAGGACAUACUCGUACAAUUUGACAUUACGAUCUUAUAAAUGUAUGUAUAUGAAGCACGAGCCAUUUCUGAUGGACCUUUUGGCAGUCUAAUCCAAGAGAAAUACCAAUAUGUAAUUCUUUACCUUUUGCUUUCUACAAUUUUUAAUGUUGCAUUUUGCGUCCGGUGAUUUUCCUCUAGCCAAUCACCGUUUUCUACCCGACUGGUGUCUUUGAUUUGUGCCACCUCUCCCGCCUGUCUGUGUCUCGCUUGCUCCGUGAGGUUCAUCGGCAUGAUGGCUGGCGAGAAGCUGGUGUAAACCGAACGCCCGGACCUGUGGACUGAAAGUGUUAGUCGCUGGAAAGCGUUGUAAUUUCCGCCUCUCUCCAUAUAAAAUAAUGUCAGUGUUAUUUGCGUCAUACUGAAUUCAGUCUUAGAAGUUGAUGUGUGUGUUCGUGCAACCAGUGCAGCGCGAAAGCGCGUCAUGAAAGCCUCCUCCCUAAACGACAGGGAGGCUGUGGCGUAGAGGAAAACAUUCUGCCUCGAACUAGCGAACACGUUCGCUUCCAUCUUUUGUCAUUCACCCCAAUAGCACCUGAUGGCAACCAAUGCAAAAAGGCCAUCCCUGCAGGGCCCGGUGCCACCUCCUCGAAGGAAAACAAGCCCAAAGCCAGAGCUGACCGAGGAGCUGAAGCAAGAGAUCAGGGAGGCAUUUGAGCUGUUCGACACCGAUGGUUCUGGACACAUAGAUGUAAAGGAGCUCAAGGUCGCAAUGAGAGCCUUGGGGUUUGAACCAAAGAAAGAGGAAAUCAAGAAGAUGAUCAGUGAAGUGGACAAGGAUGGAACUGGAAAGAUCUCCUUUACUGACUUCCUCUCUGUCAUGACACAGAAAAUGGCUGAGAAGGACUCUAAAGAGGAGAUCCUGAAAGCCUUUCGUCUGUUUGAUGAUGACGAGACAGGGAAGAUCUCAUUCAGGAAUCUAAAAAGAGUCGCCAAGGAGCUUGGAGAAAAUCUCACAGAUGAGGAACUGCAGGAAAUGAUUGAUGAAGCAGAUAGGGAUGGUGAUGGGGAGGUGAACCAGCAGGAGUUCUUGCGUAUUAUGAAAAAGACCAGCCUGUACUGAAGGAAGUGCGUGACACUGGGACCAGUGUUGGAUGUCCACAGGGGCCAUGGUUGGUUGCGUGUCAUGCUACUUGAACGUCUGACUCUGUGACAGAUAACUGUUUUACAUGUUGUGGUGUCAGCUUCUCACGUUUAAAGCUGUAAAAAUGCGUCAACGGAAGGAAAUUGUUGUAGACUUGAACUUGAUGUCUGGUCAAAUGCCAAAUGAUAUUUUUGUCAUGUAAAUGGUAAUUUACAUAACAUUUGAUAAGUGCAGUAUGUGAAUGCUUCCUCAGUCACUGCAAUGCAAGAUUCAUAUUUUUGCCUCUUUGUUUGAAACGCUGGCUUCCUUUAUUGAAAACAGCUUUGAUAAUGGUGUUGGAAGAUAUGGAGGUGUUCUCAAAUCCUUUGCUGUCGAAAUAUAAAUUCACAGUCCCUGCCUGAGUCUGGUAAACACAGUACAUUAGAAAGCUUUGCUUUGCGCCAUACUGAUUUAUCCAUUCGUCAGUUGUUGUUGUUUUUUUUCCAUCUUAUGGCUUCUGUAGGUCAUGUUUUUGCCCUUGUAUUUAACAUUCAUAUAAACAUACUGUGUAUUUUCAGAGGCAACAGCAUAUUAAAAAUACCUGUUAGCAUUGCUGGGUGAACUGCCUGUUAAGUGAUGAUGUUGAUUGUGUCAUGAUCAUGGCUGGAGAGUGCUGUGUCUAACCUCAGUACUGCUGUUGUAUUUGUGCCUGGACCUCUUUACGGGGUGAUCAUCUCAAUCAGGGUUGCUGUCCAACCUGUCUGAACCACUCCCUCUUCUUAAAAACUAAUGGAUCUAUUUUCCUCCCCUGUAUUGGAUAUUUGGAUAUUUGCCUCCUUCUUUGUGCAUCGUUUCUCCUCAGUAUUCUUUGGUUUUUUUUUCUAGACAGUAUAUAGGGGGGCGUUCGGGUAGCGUAGCAGUCUAUUCCGUUGCUUUCCAACACGGGGGAUUGCCGGUUUGAAUCCCCGUGUUACCUCCGGCUUGGCCGGGCGUCCCUACAGACACAAUUGGCUGUGUCUGCGGGUGGGAAGCCGGAUGUGGGUAUGUGUCCUGGUCGCUGCAUUAGCAUCUCUGGUCGGUUGGGGCACCUGUUCAGGGGGGAGGGGGAACUGAGGGGAAUAGCAUGAUCCUCCCACGCACUAUGUCUCCCUGGCGAAACUCCUCAUUGUCAGGUGAAAAGAAGCAGCUGAUGACUCCACAUGUAUCGGAGGAGACAUGUGGUAGUCCUGAGCCCUCCCCAGAUCAGCAGAGGGAGUGGAGCAGCGACCGGGACAGCUCGGAAGAGUGGAGUAAUUGGCCGGAUACAAUUGGGAGAAAAAGGGGGGGGAAUCCAAGAAAUAACUAAAUAAAUAAACUAUAUAGUUGUGCAUGGGCAUAUAGAAAGCCAGUAAGCCACUUUUUGUCGUUGUAGGUUACAAUGAACUUGUUCUCUGCAUUUAACCCAGCCUAUGUUGUGUUGCUGUUAAGCCCACUGAGGCAAAUUUGUAAUUUGUGAU